CAUGCAGUCGCCGAGUCGCCCAUGGCUCAGCAGUGGCUCCUGGGGCACUUUCCCUUGACCGCCCGACGGCACUGGACACCCAGCUUCGGCCUUGGCCAGUGCCCAAUUGCGUUGAAUGCCAGCAGUGCCAGCGGCUCGGUGCACCGAGGACUCUUGGCUGACCGUGAGGCGCAGAGCGUCUUUCUCCGUGGGGAGGCGGAAAGCUGCGGGGAUCCCUGCUGGGCUCGGCUGGAGGAGACAGCAUCGGAUGGCACGACCGCUUGGUUUCGUGAGACGGCCGCUUUUUUUGAGAGCCUCUCGCAUCUUGAGCAUCCGCACCUGGUUAGAUACCUGGGCGUGUGCCGUGGCCCUGUACGAGAUCUCGCGGGCGUGCUGCUGGAGGGUUCCGGGGAGGAGAAGCUGGUCUCGCUCACGGAGGGCCUCAAGGGCUGGAGCCGGCUCCCAGGGGACUGGGAGGAUGCGGCGGAAGGGCUGCAGGCUGCAGAGGAGGUGACGCAGCAGUUGAUGUCUGCCUUGAUGUACUUACAUAACUCGCCCCUGGGCGCCGUGGUGCACAAUGACCUGAAGAUCGAGAAUCUGUUGGCGCGCCGAGUGCGGGGGCGAAAGGGCUGGCACUGGCAGGUGAAGCUGCUAGACCUGGACCUGGCAUUGCCCCUGGGCAGCCCCUUCCUUUCGCGGGCGGCGCGCAUGGUGCCCGGGUGCUGCUACGAUGACUUCCCCGUGUGGCCAGAGGCGCACCGGGCCCCGGAGUGCGUCUCGUGCCGCGGCUUCGUGGGCACAGCCUCGGAUCUCUUCGCGCUGGGCCAGCUGCUGCUGAGACUGUUGGACUUCGCGCCGUUGCAGCUGAAGGCCUACAGGUUCCCCCACGACGUGCCCCUGGGCGUGCGCCCGGACCGCCUUGGGGGCCGCUGGCUGCCGCGGCAGACGCUGCGCCUGCUGGCGCGGGCGGCGCCCAACUUGGACUCGAACCUCCGCAGGCACCUGAGCCUGGAGAACUCCACCGCGAGGGCUGCGCUUCUGCGCUGGCGGCGCUUGGAGUCAAGGCUGCGGCAGCUGCUGAGCUUCGACCCCGCAGUGCGGCAAGGCGCCGCCCCACGCCUUUCACCGGCCCCGGGUGCGGCGGGUGCGGCGGCUUCGGCGGCUUCGGCACGAGCCGUGCGGCUCGGGGCGGCGGCGCGGCCGGUGGCGGGCAGUGUGCUGCCGGUGCAGAUCCAAGGCGCGCAGGGGCGCUCCGCGGUGGUGCGGCUGGUGCCCUGGGGCCUCGCCUGCCGGGCAGCCUUGGCCUUGGGCCGGGGCUCCUGCGCGCUGAAGCUGCCGCGCCAGGGCUUGGGCUCGGCUUGGCUGCGCUGCGGCGCUGCGGCGCGGCGUCUGUGGGUGCGGGGGAGGCGAAUGAGGGCGGCCCGGGACGUGGCGGGCCGCCAGCGCUGGCGCGGCGUGGUGCGGCUGAGCGGCCAGGUGACGGUGCCGCGGGGCGCGCAGCUCACGGUGCUGCCCCACACCGUGUUGCUCAUGGCUCCGGGAGCGGUGCUGCGGGUGGAGGGCCGCCUGGAGAUGCUGGGCACGGAGGACGCAGUCAUCUCAGUUGCGGCUCUGACCAGCCGGGCGUGGGGGGAGAUCUCCGUCACUGAUGCCACCGCCGUGAUGCAGCACGUGCACAUCACCGGCGGCGGCGGGGGCGGAGACGACUGGGGCCACGGUAACGCGCGGCCCAUGCUGCGGCUUCGGCGCAGCUCGCUGCUGUUGGCGAGCGCCGUGGUGUCCGAUGGGGGGAAGGGCCUCGCAGCGGAGGAAAGCCGCGUGAGCCUCAAGGAUGUGGUCCUGGCUCGCCUGGCGCUGGGCGCGGAGCUCCACGGGUGCUGCCUGGAGGCGCUGCGGUGCCACGUGUCGCAGCUGCCCCGCUGGGGCGCUCAUCGGCCAAAGGUGCAGGAUGAUGACAACGAUGGCUUCUACAUCCGCGAGUCUGCAAGCAGCAGUUGCAGGGGGAUGAGCUACAUCCAGGACUCUGUUUUUGCAGAUGGGGCGGACGAUGCAGUGGACCACUGUGGUGGCCGGCUGCGGCUUUCCCGGCUUUGGGUGCUGGGCUUCUUCCAUGAGGGCGUGGCUGCCUCAGGGCCGUGCCCCCUGCAGGACAAAGAGCCUGAGGAGGCGGCCGUGCUGGUCGAGGACUCCGUCAUCCAGCGGUGUAGCACUGCCGUGGAGGUUGGCUUUGGACGCCCCCACGUGCGGGUGCUUCGCACGUUGGCGCGGCGGUGUAAGUGGGGCUUCCGCUUUGGAGAUGACUACGAUUGGGGUUGCCAGGGCCGCCUGGAGAUACAUGGCAGCCGCGCGGAGGAAUGCCAAGCGAGCUUGGUGGCUGUCAGCUAUGCGCCACUCUACGCGGGCCUGCAAGCUCCAGCGGAGGGGCACCUGAUGGCCAGAUGCUCUUGGCUGCCUGGCCCCUGGCAGGUCGGUUUGCACAGCGGUUUGCAACCAUUCCACGCGCCAUGCAGCUGGGAGCUUCGGCAGCAUCGCUGGGAGCAGGCGCUAGGGCUGCGGCAAUGGCGGCAGCGCUUUCAGGUCGCUGUGGAGGCCAUGCCCGGCACCUGGAAGCUUCACCGGCACAGCGCUGGGGGCAAUUGCAGCUGCGGGCUGCGAUUCUGGGCGCAGGCUGUCGACGCGCCUGGGCUGCCUCAUUUCAUGGCCAAGGCCUACGGCCCCCGCCCGGCCGGGCGCCUCUGUGCGGCCCAGCGCUUCGACGACGAGCGGCUCCACGGCGAGCUGCUGCUGUUCCGCUUGGACUCCACGCUGCGGCUGUUUGCCUCAGUGCCGAGCAUAGGGUGGCGCUGGCGGGAGCACAAGCCGGCCAAGUGGGUGCCACGAUGCGCCCCGGGCUUCAAGGCCGGGCGGCGGAGCGUGGGCUUCUUCGCCGCCGCCGUGCUGGCGGUGCAGGGCGUCCAGGAGCUUUCACACUGGGCUUGGCGCUCGGGAUUGUGGCUGGCAGAGGCGGUCCGGGCCGCAGAGAAUGAGGAUGUGGCCGAUCUCCGCUUUGGAAACCUGGGCGCUUACCUGGUGCUGAACUUCCUGGGCAAUUGCGCCCGCAGCGCCCAUUCCCACCAUGCAGUGGGAAGCCUCCUCAUUGCUGUGGACAAUGACCGUUGCUUCCAAGAUGAUGUCGCCGCACGAGGGGGUUCCCUCGAGCACAGGCAGCGGCUGCAGGUGUGGCGGAGGGCGCUGGCCGGGAGCUGCCGAUGGGUGCAGGACCUCAGCUUCGACACUCUGGGCCCGACGUUGCGGCGCUUUCUGGCGAGGCGGCUCCGGGCCUUCGUGGGGCGCUGGGCGCAGCUGCAGCGCUGGGCCCGGCGCUGCGUUCGCCCUCGAGCGAAAAAGACGCGGCGGGUGAAGCAAGAGGACUCGGAGGUCAUCUUUGUGAGCGCCGUGUUAUCCCUCAGACCUUGGCCCAUGCUGCCGGCGGCACCACUUCUCGCGCCUGGCGCCCUGCCGCCGGCCGCGUGUGCCGCGUUGGCCGUGGAAACGCGGCCGCAGCCAGCGCCGGGGCGUGGAUCGCGGGCGGCGCUGGUGGGCACGCUGGGCGCCGCUGUGAGGGCGGCCGUGCUUUGCCGCGUCCAGCGACUGCGGAAGACGAAGCCGGGAACAGACUGGCAGCAGGACCCCUGGCGGGAGGUGCCCUGGGCGGAGCUGCCGGCGCUGAGCCCGAAGCGGGCCUGGCGGCUGCAGGAGCUGCAGCACGACAUGCAGGAGGCCUACGGAGAGCUGAUCGAGCCCUGGGAGGUUCGCAAAGCCGAGCUCGAGGAGAUCUUCCGGCCCAAUAGGUGCGCCAGCACUUACGGGGAGUUGGACCUGGGCGGCGUGGCCAGGCUCUUGGAGGAGGCGCAGCUGGCCCCCGGCCACCGCUUCGUGGAUGUGGGCAGCGGCCUGGGGAAGCUGGCGGUGGCCGCGGCGGCGCUCUUCGAGGCUGAGAGCUGCGGCAUGGAGAUCAGCCCCUACAGGCACCAGCGGGCUCUGGAAGGCUUGCAGCGCCUGCAAAAAACGAAGGCGCUGUCCACCGGUGAGGCGGCGCGGGUGAUGCUGCUCUGCGGUAGCUGUGGGGACGUGGUUCCCCAGGAGUUAUUGGAAGCCACGCACCUGAUCCUCACCAUGCGGAGGAGUACGACGGCCGUGCGGCAACUCUAUCAAGCCCUGGAGGCCUAUGGGCCAUUGCCCAGUGGCCCGGGGCCUUGGGGCGAAAUGUUCCGGCAUUUAGAGGCGAGCCCGGACGACUGGCAGAGCUGGGAGCCGCUGGUGUACAAGGCCCGGCUUCGCUUCCGCCGGCUCCAAGGGGGCGAUCCGAGGGAGGUGGCGCGGCAUGGAAUCAUGGAGCGCAGCUUCUGCCGUUUGGAAGUGCAGCCGCAGUGCGCCAGCGACACCGAGACUGUGGACUUCUUCCUGGGCGAAGAGAGCGGCUACCCUUCCAAUGAGGAGUGGACGGCAGCCUUCAGUCCUCCGCAGGAGGAGCGGCCUCCUGUUCGGCCGUGGUUCACGGAAGCAGCGCUGCUGCUGCGGCAGAGGGGCGCCAAGGCGGAGGUGGAGGUGGAAGGCCAGGAGUUCUGCGUGCGGUUGGUGGAGUUGCAGCAGGGCUCGCUGCUGGUGCCCGACGGUGUGAUCUUGAGGCGUCUCGGCAGCGGCCAGGGGCCCAAGCCCCAGGAUGGCGCGACGGUGCGGGCCGCCUGGCGAGUUUGGUUCGCUCGCAACGGGGAGCUGGUCAUGGACACAGGCGGCUGGGCCGCCGCUUCCGAGGCCGUGGAGGUCCUGGUGGACGAGGACGAGCUCAUGCCGCCCCUGGAGCUUGGCUUGAAGCAGCUUGAGGCGGGCGCCCGGGCCGUCAUCCGUGUCUCCGAGCGCUGGGGCCUGGGCUCGUUGAUGGCCAGUGGCGGCCCAAUGCUGAGGGGUGCUGCUGUGUGGAUUGAGCUAGCCGUGCACGAGGUCCACAACGAGCCUUCGCCAUCCGAACUGCCGGACGAGAGCUGCCUGGAGUUUGCACGCAAGAAGAAAGCGCAGGGCAACCGCCACCUCUCGACUGCCGGGAUUGCCUCGGCGGGCCGCGCGGCGCGGCGCUACGCCGCGGGCGUGGAGGCGCUCGAGAAGCUGCCAGGCCAAGAGGCCGCCGAGCUGCUGACGCAGCUCCGGCUGAACGGGGCGCUGGCGAACCUGAGGAGGGAGAACUGGACGGAGGCCGUGAGGCUUUGUGAGCAGGUCCUGAAGAAGGGGCCAGAGGUCAAGGCCUUCUUCCGGCGCAGCGCCGCGCUGCAGCAGCUGGGCCGCCUCAAGGAGGCGGCGGAGGACCUGCGCAGCGCGGUCAAACUGUCUGACGAUCCCGCGCUGCGGAAAGAGCUUGCCAAGGUCCAGGCACUGCGGAAGAAGAAGGAAGAGGAGGAGAAGCGCAACUUUGGAGGUGUCUUUGACAAGAUGAAGCAGCAGGAUAAGGACAGGGAGAAGAAGGAGCAGGAGCUGGCAGAAAAGUUGGCCAAGGAGGAAGAGGAGCGUCUGGCUGCGGAGCGCAAGGCUCAGCUGGAGGAGAGGAAGCUCGAGGCCGCCAGAGCAAAGGAGGAGGAGGAGGAGGAGGAGGAGGAGGAGGAGGAGGAGAAGAAGGCGCAAGAUGCCGUCUCCUCCAUGAUGGGGGCGCAGGAGGAGCCGGAGAAGGACUUCCGCAGCGUGAAGCUGGCGGCGGGCCAGGAGGAGAAGGGCAUCACGGCGCUGAUGCCGCCCCCGACUCAGCUGUCGCCGCCGCCCCCCCCGGUGGAGGACUAUCAGGUGCCUUCCUUCUUGCUGAAGAAGCAGAAGAAUGCGCGCACGGAAAAUGUGGCUGUCUGCCAGCCCAGGGUGCUGUGGUCCGUGACGCGGAACCUGAAGAUGCGCAGAGGCAUGAAGUUCACCCGGCGCUUCAUGAUUGACGGCUUCGAGUUGCCCGAGUCGCCGGCGGGGAGAAGGGGAGUCGACUGA